AUGAUGACCUGUAGUCGCUGCGGAGAUGAAGCAACAGAAACGAUAAAAUGUUCAGUAUGCACGAAACAGUAUGACUUUGAAUGCUCUGGAAUUACAGAACGCGGCUAUCGCAGAUUCGGUGAUCGGCAGGCAUCUUGGCGGUGUCCGGCUUGUAAAAACCCAGGCAAUUUAAGUGUUGUGACUCCUACCCCAGUUUCUUCACCGAUAUCGCCAUCAUCGAUAAGCUUGGAAACCAUCAUGCAGGAACUAACAAGCAUCAAUUUAAAACUGGCGCCACUCUCCAGCCUUGUAGCGGAUAUGCAGGUCGUAAAAAAAGAGCUUAGUGACCUUAAAGCCUCUGCUUCUGAAUAUUCAAAGAAAAUCUCGUCACUUGAAGCAAAUAUCGCCAGGGUAGAGAAGGAUCAAGAAUGUUUGCAACCACUCAAGGUUCUGGUGACCAAACUGGAGGAAGAGCUUGCUGACAAAGAUCAAUGGCUUCGCUCUAACAAUGUGGAGAUAAAAGGCGUACCAAUCACAGACAAAGAAAAUCUUUUUGAUGUAGUUAAUAAAAUUGGUAAUAAGAUCUCAUGUCCUGUAUCUAAAGAUCAAAUAAACUUUGUACAUAGAGUUCACACAGGCACCAACAACGUCAAGAAUAUAGUACUAUCAUUCACAAACCGGUAUAGCAAAGAAAAUUUUGUUGCUGCUGCACGCUCCGUUAAAGACCGUCUCACACCUCAGGAUAUUGAGAUUUCUGGAUCUGGAAAAAUUUUUGUAAAUGACCACCUCACCACUAGAAACAAAAUGCUGCUUACGAAAACUAAAGCACUCGCCUCGCAACAUAAUUUUCAGUUCGUGUGGGUCAAACAUUCAAGAAUUUUUGUUCGGCGCGACUCUACUUCAAAAUCUUUUACCAUACAAAGAGAACAGGAUAUUCAAAAGAUACGAUAA